UUGAAGGCCAAAAAUUAAAAACCAGCCAAUUUGAAGGCCAAAAAUUAAAGACCAACCCAUUUGAAGGCCAAAUCGUGCAAUUUCAUAAAACACAUCUAACAACGUCGAUUAUGGAACUUGGGCGACACUAUAAUCUUUAUUCUCGUGCUCCUUCAGCAAUAAUGUAACCAAUUUGCUUGAAUUUUGUGGGCAAAAUGAAACUGAGCUUUAAAUUUUAUUGAAAAAGAGCAACUUCAAUUGAGUUAGCUUGUUAGAUCUGUGUUCUGGCAAUUUGUCGAUGAAAUCAGAGAAGAUCCAGCUUUCCAACAUUAAUUUGAACAUGAAGGAUUAGAGAGUAACGGGGGUUACCCUGACGUGAAGGAUUAGAGGGUAACGAGUGUCUGUUAUCAUGGGUGAACCUGGAAAACAUAGAAUAUUAAUGGUCUCAGAUUUUUUCUACCCUAAUUUUGGUGGUGUGGAGAACCACAUAUACUAUCUAUCACAAUGCCUGAUUAAGGAAGGCCACAAGGUGGUUGUUAUGACUCAUGCUUAUCAGAAUCGUUCUGGAGUAAGAUAUAUGACAAAUGGCCUGAAAGUUUAUUAUGUCCCAUGGAAGCCAUUUCUCAUGCAAAACACAUUGCCAACCUUCUUUGGAACACUUUCAAUUACAAGGACAAUUCUGAUAAGGGAAAAGAUAUCGCUGGUACAUGGACAUCAAGCCUUCUCAACCUUAUGUCAUGAAGCUCUUAUGCAUGCUCGCACCAUGGGUUACAAAGUUGUAUUCACGGAUCAUUCUCUCUAUGGUUUUUCGGAUGUUGGAAGUAUUCACAUGAAUAAGGUGCUACAAUUUACUCUAGCCGAUGUGACUCAGGCUAUAUGUGUUUCUCACACGAGCAAAGAGAAUACAGUUUUAAGGUCUGGUCUGCCGCCUGAAAAGGUGUAUGUUAUUCCAAAUGCUGUGGACACAGCCAUGUUUACACCUGCUCCAGAGCGACUCAGCAGGCAUGAAAUUGUUAUUGUUGUGAUAAGUAGGUUAGUUUAUCGGAAAGGAGCAGAUUUACUCGUUGAAGUAAUCCCUGAAGUAUGCCGUUUGCAUCCCAAUGUUCGCUUCAUUGUUGGAGGAGAUGGACCCAAACGAGUGCGUCUGGAAGAAAUGAGGGAAAAGCACUCACUUCAAGACCGAGUUGAUAUGUUGGGUGCUGUCCCUCAUAAUAAAGUACGGUCUGUACUAAUAACUGGCCAUAUAUUUUUGAACAGUUCUUUAACAGAAGCAUUUUGCAUAGCUAUAUUGGAAGCUGCAAGUUGUGGAUUACUAACAGUCAGUACACGUGUAGGAGGUGUUCCAGAGGUUCUUCCAGAUGACAUGGUUGUUCUGGCUGCGCCAGAUCCUACAACUAUGGUUCACGCAAUCACAAGGGCUAUACAUAUGCUUCCUCAGAUCGAUCCACAAGAUAUGCACAAUCGUAUGAAAAAACUUUAUAGUUGGCCUGAUGUAGCCAGGAGGACAGAAAUUGUUUACAACCGUGCUUUGAAAUGCUCCAAUCCACCUUUGCUAGAUCGAUUGUCAAGGUACCUUACUUGUGGCACUUGGGCAGGGAAACUAUUUUGCAUAGUUAUGAUAGUAAAUUUUUUGCUCUGGCGUCUCUUGCAACUAUGGCAGCCUGACAAGGACGUUGAGGUGGUACCUGAUUUUCAACUUUCGAAGUCUCAACAUGAGGAGACACCAUUUGAUACCAAGACGGAAAAAAGCUUAUGAUUUCCGCUGUUUUACCCAUUGGUGUAGCUCAGGGUCACUUAUUAUUCAAACACAAUGUGGAAUUCAGAAUUGGGUUGCAUAGGAGAAAGCGGUUCAGAGUGGUUUUGGUCUGGGGUUUUAUUGCACCAAGAAGGAUUUUUGGAGAUUUAGGAACUUAUGGUAUGAUGAAGUGGUUCUUCUUAUUUGUUCUUGUAUGGUUAGCAGCCAGGACUUUCCCUAAGCAAGAAUGGAUCAAUCUUAUUAAUAUGCCAGUGUUAACAGGAGCCGCUGGGAUGAUGCCACCAGCCACGGCUGUGAACUGUACACAACCUGGAUUAUUGUAGGGUUCUUGUCAGGCUACGUUGUUUGUCGAUAUAGGCCAGAUAUGUGGGCUGUGGCACUGCCAUAACUGUUUUUUUUUUCUGGUGCACUUGUGCUGGUUAGGUAUUUAUGGGAGAUGUUUUUGUAUAUGUACUUGGGCUUGGAGAACAUAGGGUUGCCCAGUUUAUUUAAUUGUGUUGUGAAGAACCAAGAAUUAGCUUGUACUAACUUUUUUGUGAUUUUGUGUAAAUCAUGCUACUUCCUUUUAUUCCAAAAGAGUUUCAAUUCAACUCUCAAACUC